AUGAAGAUGGGCUCGAUGACCCUCACUUCGUUGGUGAACCUGGUGACAAGGGCCGUGGCGACCCCCCAAAUCACACCAAUCACAGUGCCACCUAGAGCCACCACCCAGAAGUUCAGGAAGCCUGACAAGACGUCCACGUACAGGAUGUUGUUCAGGCCCAUUUCGGAGUAUGACUCGAACAGGACAUGUCCUGAUUUGUUCCAGUUUGUAGUGGGCGUGGGACCUCGUUCACGCAGCAUCGCUUACACAAAGACCAAUGCAAACAACGAUGGAGGAACGUUAGUUACCAUUACAGAAAACAAAGGAAGCCAUGUACAACUGGUUCCGCGGCCGGCAAGAGAAGAGCUGCUUAUUGGGAUCGGCUCGAAUUUUCAGACCCAGUCCACGAUGAAAGAGAAACGACCACGAACAUUGUUUCCGAACCAGGACCAUCAUCAAACUCCGAAGAGACUGCUGCAGUAG